UCGUAAGAAGCUAUGAAUGUCAAACUAUAGCAUGGUUGAGUCUUGAGUAACCUAACAUAAACAUGUCUAGUUACAGUCUAUUUAGAAUAGUAGCGCUGACAAAAUGCAUCACAACCAACCCUACAACGGUGCUUUGCAGGGUGAACGUGUCAAAUAGACUAAAGACACGUGGAUAUGCGAAGAAAGUCGUGGCCAAAGGAAAGGGUAAAGGUAUGGUCAAGGAGGAGCUGCAAGGUCCAGAAGUGUGUAAAGACACUGUCAAACUUACUUCUCAUGCAGUAGGGGCCAACAUCUUUAAACAAGGAGAUGACCCCAAACUGAAGCCUCCUGAGGAAUAUCCAGAGUGGUUGUUCCAGCUGAACCUGGGAGAGCCCAAGAAGCUGCCAGAGCUGGAGCAAGACACCUGGCAAUACUGGAAGCGUCUGAGGAAGGAAAACAUUUGGCGUUCCAACAGACUGCAAAAAGGGAAGACGUUUUGAACCAUCACUGGACUGCCAGUGGGCAGCUCUUGUCCUGGGCAGCCAUGUGCUUUGGACUCUAAUGAACUGAAUUUAUGUGGCAUGUGAUAUCGGCAUGUCCACAUCACAUGUCUAGUUCCUUAAUUAAAUAUUAUUAGACCCUUUA